AUUAUUGAUUUCCUUUCUUUCAUCAUAUGGUCCAAGAGCCCCCACUGUCUUCUCCCCAUUAACACACGGAAAGAGAGAAAUUAACCUUUUCAAGCUCCACCCAGAUUACUUGACAUUUCCAAUUGCUUGAUUUCAUCUGGGGUUUGAAUCAAUCUCUCUAUUUCGAGUGUAAUUUGACCCAAUUCAAUUGAAGUUUGGUUGGUAUUACAAAUAUGUACGGGAGAGAUCCGUGGGGUGGGCCAUUGGAGAUAAACAACGCCGACUCGGCGACGGACGAUGACCGGAGCCGGAACUUGAACGACUUCGAUAGAGCGGCGUUGUCAAGGCCGUUAGACGAGACGCAGCAGAGCUGGUUGUUGGGUCCUGGAGAACAGAAGAAGAAAAAGUAUGUAGAUCUGGGUUGUAUCAUUGUCAGCCGUAAGAUCUUCGUUUGGACGGUUGGAUUGAUACUAGCAGCUGGAUUCAUUGCUGGAUUCAUUACAUUGAUCGUUAAAACUGUGCCUAGGCAUCACAAGCAUCCCCCUCCUCCAGAUAAUUACACUGUGGCACUUUCAAAAGCUCUUAGGUUCUUCAAUGCUCAGAAAUCUGGAAAACUUCCAAAGCACAAUAAUGUUUCAUGGAGGGGCAACUCGUGUUUAAAUGACGGUAAAUCUGAUAAAUCAGGGGCGGUCUUGAAAGAUCUUGUGGGCGGAUAUUAUGAUGCCGGGGAUGCCAUAAAGUUCCAUUUCCCGAAAGCUUUUGCCAUGACUAUGUUGAGUUGGAGUGUGAUAGAAUAUAGCGCGAAAUAUGAAGCUGCAGGAGAGCUCAACCAUGUUAAAGAGAUCAUCAAAUGGGGCACUGAUUACUUUCUCAAGACCUUCAAUUCUACCGCUGAUAGCAUAAGCCAAAUCGUAGCUCAGGUUGGAAAAGGAGAUACGUCUGGAGGAACAAGCGAUCCUAAUGAUCAUAGUUGCUGGAUGCGACCAGAAGACAUUGACUACACUCGGCCUGUGACUGAAUGCUCUAGUUGCUCUGAUCUUGCUGCAGAGAUGGCUGCUGCUCUAGCUUCGGCAUCAAUUGUUUUCAAAGACAACAAAGACUACUCCAAGAAACUGGUCCAUGGUGCUGCAACCCUAUGGAAGUUCGCUAGGGAUCAACGUGGGAUGUACACUGCUAGUGGAGCCGAUGCUGCAACUUUCUACAAUUCAAGUAUGUAUUGGGAUGAGUUCGUUUGGGGAGGAACUUGGAUGUAUUACGCAACUGGAAAUCAGUCGUAUCUUUACCUUGCUAGUCACCCAAAACUUGCUAAACAUGCUGGUGCUUUUUGGGGUGGACCCGAUUAUGGUGUUCUUAGCUGGGACAACAAGCUUACCGGAGCUCAAGUGCUGCUGACUCGAUUGAGAUUGUUUCUGAGCCCUGGUUAUCCGUACGAAGAAACAUUGCAGACGUUUCACAACCAGACAAGCAUAAUCAUGUGCUCGUACCUGCCAUACUUUUCAAGUUUCAACAGAACUAAAGGUGGAUUGAUCCAAUUAAACCAUGGGAGACCUCAACCGCUUCAGUAUGUUGUCAAUGCUGCCUUCUUAGCUACCCUCUACAGUGACUAUCUCGAUGCUGCAGAUACUCCCGGAUGGUACUGUGGUCCUAAUUUCUACUCAACUAAGGAACUACGCAAGUUUGCCGAGACUCAGAUCAACUAUAUCCUUGGAAAGAACCCGAGAAAGAUGAGUUAUCUUGUGGGCUUCGGCAACCACUAUCCGAAACAAGUCCACCACCGGGGUGCAUCUAUCCCCAAGAACAGAAUCAAAUAUAGCUGUACAGGAGGAAUUAAGUUUAGGGACGCUAAAAAACCAAAUCCCAACACUAUUGUCGGUGCUAUGGUGGCUGGGCCGGACAGGCACGAUGGUUUCCACGAUGUGCGUUCAAACUACAAUUACACAGAACCGACUCUUGCUGGCAAUGCCGGAUUAGUUGCAGCUCUAGUGGCACUUUCAGGUGACAGAACUACAAAGAUCGAUAAAAACACCAUCUUUUCAGCGGUGCCGCCAAUGUUUCCGACUCCACCACCGCCACCGGCUCCGUGGAAGCCUUGAAUGAGACCAUUGAUGGACUGGUAAUCCUGGUUUUAUGGUGUCUGUGUGACUUUUACUGAACAAGAUUUUGCUACACUCUAGUUGGUUUUUUAGGGAUGGUAUGCAGCAGAAAAGGUGAAGGAAAGCAUAUGGACUUUUUUUUUUUGGGGGGGGGGGGGGGGGGGGUGGCAAUUUACUUUGGAAAAUGGAAGCUGUGAUUAUACAUAUAUAGUAUGUAUGGUGUUUUUUUUGGAUGUAACAAAAACAGUCAAAAUGUAUGUAUAAUUUGAAACAAUGGAAACUUUGUAACAUUCUUGAUUGUUUUUAUAUUAUUUUUUUUUGGUUUUCCUUUCU